GAAACAUGGUCAAUAUUAGCUUCUCGGUGGUGGUGCUCCUUUCGCUCUGCGCCUGUUCGUAUGCUCAGUAUGAGUACCCACAGCAGAGACCCUCUCCGGUAGCUGGGGCUCAGCCCGCUGGUGGACCAGUGGACAAUCGAAUCCUUGGAAAUCUUCUUGGUGGAGGAGGACUUCUUGGUGGCGGCGGUGGUGGUGGCGGUCUCUUUAGUAACUUAUUUGGCGGUCUCUUGGGAGGCAAUCGCCCACAGCCGCAGCCAUAUCCCGUGCCGGUUCCCGCCUAUGGUGGUGGAUACGGAAGUGCAUACCCAGGAUUUGGAGGUGGAUAUGCUGGAGGUUUACCUGGUGGCUUUGGUGGCGGGUACGGCAACCCUUACGGCGGUUUUUACGGCUAA